ACGGAUCCCCAAUUGCCCGAAUCAGAACGUGUCCGAAUUCCCAAGCUUACCUAUGCUUUAUUGUCUGAAUCUAAAAUUCGCUCCAAAUUAGUAGAGAUGGGCCUUCCUACUGAAGGUAAUAAACAAGUCUUACAAAGGAGACAUGCUCAAUGGGUCACUAUGUAUAACUCUAAUUUGGAUCAAAAACAUCCGGUUUCAAAGAAGGCACUUUUAGCUCAGCUUCGCAAAUGGGAGAAAACACAGAGUAAUGCAAAUGUAAUUACGAAGGAAAAGCUUGGAGGGACUGAAUGGGGGUCUACAUAUGCGGGUGAUUUCGCAAAUCUUGUACAAAAAGCCAAAAAUUCAAUCAAAAAAUCUGAUGCUCCUUCACCAGAUGAGCAAACUUCUUCUACAGCAGUUGAUGAGUCUUCAGUUUAA